AUGAAUUCAUGUAUGCCAGCCUGUGUAACUCCAGGUUUUCAUCAGGACAGUGACCUGCUGGACGGGCGGAAACACUGCUUCACUGUGCAGUCCGAGUCUGGGGAAGACCUCUACUUCUCUGUGGAGUUAGACUGUGACCUUGCCCAGUGGGAAAGAGCCUUCCAAACAGCAACCUUUCUGGAAGUGGAACGAAUACAGUGCAAGACAUAUGCUUGUGUGCUAGAAAGUCAUCUAAUGGGACUCACGAUUGACUUUAGCACAGGAUUUAUCUGCUUUGAUGCUGCAACAAAGAUUUCCUGACAGCUUCAUUCUUCUCAGUGCCAGCGGACAGGUUACAGCAAG